CUUAACCAAGGGGGACAAAGCUGAAAAAAAAAACGCCGAGUCCAUCAGCAACCAGAUAGCUUAGGCGUGAAUGAUGAUGGAUGGUGUAUAUGCGCCGCUCUUGUUCGCUCUCUGUGACGGCUUAUUACCACUUUAACAGCAGCAAGCGAAAACAAGGCACUUUUUUCUGUCGGCCAGUUUCAAAGCAGUUCGUUUUAGGAACCACUCAUUACCCCCCCCUCCUCCUACACACCCAACCUCUACACAUUGUCAAGGCAUCAUGGAAUCCAAUGUCGAUACUGAACUCAAACAUUUGAACAUUUGUGACCAGCUACGGGCGAAUUCUUCUUUUAUGAAGGUUCUCGCGACCCUAUUUCACUAUGGAAAUCAGUCGAUGAAUGCCGCACAGUUGGUGAUCGCUGUCAGGGCACUUAAUCUACUCCCACUACGAGGCGAAACACCCAAGAGCACAAUCCAAGGCAUUAUCUCUACGUCGCGUAAAGCUGCUAGGGAUUUACGACAGCCAGAUCCGUUCCAAAUUGACAAAGACAAUUCUGGACGACAAGCCAAAUACUCUAUUGCCGAAGUGGUACUGAACGGUGCAACGGUGCCAGCAGUACAAGAAAUACCCGAUGAACCGAUCAUAUUAAAACCUGUGGAACACUCUACAGCGUAUGCUUCGUCGUAUUCUGGCCAACUUGGUAAACGCCAGCGCAAGACACCCAAGUUCUAUACACCAGAUGGGCUCCGCAAAGUAAAAAGUCGCAGUGCACGAGCAAAACUGCAACGCAAACGAAACGCUGGUUACGGCGGUGAUUCCGACAGUGCAUCUGAUAUUGACGUGGAUUUGGAUGAAGACAGCUUCAUGUCUAUGGGAUCAUCCGACGAUGACGACGAUCGAGCAAGUGCAGUAAUUGAAGAAGAUACCAUCAGUGGUCAUUCGCUCGUUUAUGCACCACCAACCACCGACAAUACCGACUACAUUGACCCUAUCAACUUUGAAGAUUAUCCGAUUGCCGCCUAUUUUGCUAUUGCACAACAAAAGGGAUACUCGUAUCCACGAUUCCGAUCGCAUGAAAAAGUCAAGAUUCCGAAAAUCAACUGCGAAGACAAAUUUCGGGUAGCAGAUAUUGUUAACGAAUCCACGAAACACGUCGUCGGCCGCAUGUUCAUCUUAGCCGAUGGCCAUGGUGGCCGUGGUUGCUCUGAAUACUUCGUUCGACACACACCAGCUGCGGUACAAAAGCUUUGUGCCAACUACGAUCCACAAAAGUUCGAAGACAAACAAGUUCAUAAGAGUUUUGAAACCGAUAUCAAAAAGAUGGUAGAAACGCUGGAUUCGGAAUACCUCGAUUUGAAGCGGAUACAGUUAGGAAGAGGUAGACAACGACAGCUGCAGCUGCAACAACUGCAACAACAACAAUUAAAUUCACAAAAGAACGGUGAUGACAGCAAGGAAGCGGAAAAGAAUUCUACCAGUGCCACAACAACAAACGAUAAUGGCAGCAGCAGCAGCAGGAGUAGUAGUACGACAGCAGCUACUGAACCAAUCAAUCACGAAGAAAUGGAUAACGAUGGCUGCACACUUAUUAUAAACAUAUUCUUUGGCAACUGGCUUAUCAACAUUAACGUGGGUGACUCUCGGUCCGUAUUAAUAUCAGCACCAAAUCCAGCGACACAACCACAGCGGACAGCUGAGGAGCUCAAUAACUAUCCACUUAUGUGCGGCCUAGACAACGACUAUAAAAUGGACGUAGUCUUUGCAUCACAAGAUCACAAACCAUAUCUGGAGCAUCUUGCACGAGAGAUUCUGGAAAACGGUGGCGAAUUCAUUGACUCUGUGCAAGACCGAGUGAUCAAGGUUGACUUGGACAAAUUGCGGGAGGACGGAAAUCGACAGGCCAAGCGAGUAGCAUUGAAGAACGCCAGAAUUCGUCCUAAAGGAUACCAUGCAAACCACAACAAUGGCAACCACGGCGGAAACAGCAACAACAGAGAAUCGCCAAGCGAAGAUAAUGCUGCUAGUGGUCAAGGUGGAUAUGCGGCACAAAGUGCCGUACGUACAACAGCAAACCACUUUAGUAGCAAGCCUCGCUCACGCGAAGAUCGAAUUCCAUCUUUGAAUGUGGCCCGAUCCUGUGGUGAUUUGGAUUUUAAAAUGAAUCCAGAAAGGAAGAUCAUCUCGUGUGAACCUGAUGUGGCAUUCUUUCGCAUAUCCGACGAUGCCGAUUCAAAUGAUGAACCGCCAUCAACACCACCACGAACACUCACCACAUCCGGCAUUCAUAAAGCAAAACGACGACACUUCUUAUUCAUGGGCACAGAUGGUAUGUUCGACUACAUGUACGAGGAAACACCGGAACGACAAAAUCGUGCGGUUGCAAAGGUGCUUGGGCCUAUGAUUGAAGACGGUGAAAAGGUCGGUGCUUUGAUGCUGGACGACGAAGAAAAUUCGGGUGGUCAGACUAUCGAGCACAACUCGGAAAACAAAGAAAACAACAGCAAUACCGCAACACCCAUGGCUGUUGAUCAACCAACCCCUACUACGACUAAUAACGACAAAACUGCUUCCACACCCGAUAAACCUCCAUCUGAACAAUCCGCAUCCACUCCCGACGAGACCAAGGGUGAUUCAACCGCUGCUACAGCUGAUAUAUCCAACAAGGAAGACCAAGUCAAGAAGGAAGAUGAUGAACCCAAAGAAACAAAUAUGGAGACUGAGGAUACCAAAAAGCCAGACGAAAAGGCAGGAGGCGAGGGGACAAUGAAGGAGGAUGGUGAGAAGGAAGAGGAACAGCAACAGCAAGCACCAAAACCAAGGUUAUUCCGCGAACUUGACGAUGAGACGGCCAGACAACGCAAAAUCAGAGAACGGACACUUGUCAUGGCAGCACGGUAUUUUGCAAAUCGCGAGAGUGUACACGGGUUUUUCUCAUCCACGUUACAGGAUUACGAUGAUUGUACCAUAGUGCUGAUUGAAAUUUGAAAGUUUCCAUCUCUUGCUCUCAAGUUCGGUUGCUGCACGCAACUUUUUCUUACCCCUUUUCUCCCAC